CCCUCCUAAAAAAUUUAACACGAAACCAGGUGAAAUCAUAACUGUGUGGAGAUACUCUCUGAGGUGGUCAAUACAAAGAAAAUUUUCUCUUCUUUUUUUCCAUAAAAUACUACAAAAAUUCUUCAAGUGUGGUCCUAAAACAGAGUGUACGUGAUAAAAGAUAGAAAAAAAAACUGUGAGUGAGAAAAAUAUCAUUGUAGAAGAAAAAUACUUUUAAAUGAAUGGAAUUAUGGAUUGUACAUACAACGUACAACUAGCACAAGAGACCCAAAAGACAGAGAAACGAAUAGAUAAUGAUAAAAUGAAAUAAGUCGUCAUACGGGGAGUAUGGGGAGUAUUAAAGCAAAUAUAUGGUGAUAUUAUUUGAAAGUGAAUUAGUCUCUACUUGCCAUUGAGCCAGAAUGGAGGUCGUGAAGCGUUCUCUGAGAAUUCUAACGUGUACCCAAAAAAUCCCCAAAAGUGGAUUAAUUAAGAUAAAUCGAAGAAAUUACGCGCAAUCGAGUGGUUUGAGCUACAUCCACAACAUCGGGAAGCAACCACUGGUAUACAGGACAAUAGGUCAGCAGUUGACGCGAGCUGCUAAUGAAUUCGGUGACCGUGAAGCCGUUGUGUGCAUUGAGGAGCACACAAAGUUCACGUAUGAUCAGUUGAGGAGUGAAGCUGAUCGUCUUGCCGCUGGGUUUCAGUGUCUCGGAUUAACACGGGGGGAUCGUGUGGGAAUUUGGGCUCCCAAUGUAGCCAUCUGGCCUGUUGUUAUGUUUGCCGCUGCGAGAGCAGGACUCAUCCUGGUGGCUCUCAAUCCAGCAUACGAAGCUCCAGAGAUGCAGUUCUGCAUCCAGAAGGUCGGCAUUAAAGCCCUCGUUGCGUCUGAGAGCUUCCGCCAGACGGACUACUAUGAGAAACUCGUGAAAAUUGUCCCAGAACUCAGCUCAAGUGAUCCUGGAAGGAUUCACAGCAAGAUCUUACCUCAUCUCACGACCAUCAUUAUCAACUCUGAACGAUACUUUCCAGGAACGUUCCGAUUAAGCGACGUGGGGUCCCUCCCAACACCUUCACAGAUAAACUCAAUUGAGGAUCAGCAGAAAGAUAUCAGCCCCGAUAGUGGAUGCAACAUUCAAUUCACUUCGGGCACCACUGGGAUGCCAAAAGCUGCCCUUCUGAAGCACUUUGGCUUCGUCAACAACGGCAUCCACAUUGGGAAUCGCAAUGGGAUCUAUGAGGCUCGUGUUUGUAUGCAGGUACCAUUCUUCCAUGCCUAUGGAACAGUGAUAACAGUGAUGGCCUGUGUCUCUCAUCGUGGGACAAUGGUCCUCCCAUCAAUUCUCUACAACCCCGAAAAGAGUCUUCGCUCAAUUCAGGAUGAGGAAUGUUCAGUGAUCUACGGGACGCCCACAAUGUACGUGGACUUGGUGAAUAAGCAGCGUGAGAUGAAGUUGAAGCUCAAGGCAGAAAUUGCCGUGACUGGCGGAGCUCUCUGCCCUCCGCAACUCCUCAUCGACAUGAAGAAUGAGUUGGGAUUGAAGAAGGUGAAGACAAUUUUCGGCAUGACUGAAAAUUCAGCUGUGAGCUUCAAUACUCUCGAUAAUGAUUCCACUGAGCAAAUUCUCGAGACAGUUGGGCACAUCCAGGAUCACAUUGAAGCCAAAGUUGUUGAUGCUCAGGGAAAUCUCGUACCCUUCGGCACUCCCGGGGAGCUCUGUGUGCGCGGAUACUUCACCAUGUUGGGCUACUGGGGCGAUGAGGAGAAGACUCGCGAAACGUUGGGAAGGGACGGAUGGCUCAGGACGGGAGAUCAGUUCAUCCUGCAGUCCGAUGGGUAUGGGAAGGUUGUUGGGCGCCUGAAGGAGAUGAUCAUUCGUGGCGGAGAGAAUAUCUUCCCCAAAGAGAUUGAGAACUUCCUGGCCACUUGCCCACAAAUUGCCGAAGCCUACAUCGUUGGUGUCCCAGAUGAACGUCUUGGGGAGGAAAUGUGUGCCUUUGUGCGUCUCCGUAGUGACUGUGAAUCCUUCUCACCGCAGGAUAUUCGGGAUUUCUGCAAGGGGAAGAUCACCUACUUCAAGAUCCCCAAAUACAUUGAAAUUGUCACGGAAUUCCCCAAAACUCUCUCGGGGAAAAUUCAAAAAUUCAAACUUCAGCAGCAUUUCAUUGAGAAACAAAAUGAAAGAAUGGUUACAGAACCAUUAGCAAAAGAUAUUUCAAUUUAAUUUGGCUCAUCUCUUUGCAUAUUGUAUAAAAAAAAUAUCAUUUUCGAUGGGGCCCUUAAUGUGCUAAUUUAUCCUACAAAUAUGUUAUCUAUACAUUAUUAUGUUAAUAAUAAAAAAAAUGUGUGUUGGAGAAUAUAA